GGCCGGAGGCCCCCGGCGGAGGGAGACGUGGGCCCGAGCGGAGGAGCGCAUGCGCGCAGGUCGGAGGUCUCGCGCCCCCACCCGGACCGCGCCAUGUCGAAGGUUUCCUUUAAGAUAACGCUGACUUCGGACCCGCGGCUGCCCUACAAAGUCCUAAGUGUUCCUGAAAAUACUCCUUUCACAGCAGUCUUAAAGUUUGCUGCAGAAGAAUUUAAAGUUCCUGCAGCAACAAGUGCCAUCAUAACAAACGAUGGAAUCGGAAUAAAUCCCGCCCAGACAGCUGGAAACGUUUUCCUAAAGCAUGGUUCCGAAUUACGAAUUAUUCCUAGAGACCGUGUCGGGAGCUGUUAACAUCCACUAACUGGAUUCUAGAAUAAGGGAACAAGCCAAUUCCAAUUGAAUGUUUAUAUUUAUUUUGUAACCUCGCUAUUUAAAAUUUUAUGCAUCAAUUUUAGGAAGUAAAAUAAGAAAUGGCAUUAGUUCCCCUCAGAAUUUUUCACCAAGGAUAUCCCUCUAAAGCUGUUGAUAUUUGGCAUUGACCUGGUUCCCAUCGUUUGUCCCUAGGUUUCUCAGAGCAGUUUCUGUAUUGAAAAAGGCAAUUGGCUGCAGCAAAAAGACACUAUAUAUGAGAUAAUGUAGAAAUACAAGUUUCUUCUCCACUCCCCCCACCCCAGUACUGUCGUGCUUCAACAGAAAUAGUAAUGUGGGGAAGUGCUAAUCAGUUUCUUUAACAAGAGGAAAGUACUAAGCAAAGUCUUCCCUAGUAAAAUCUGAAAAGUUAAAUAUUUGAAAACAUAAGACUUCCAGGGCACAAACAUUGGUAGACGGAAUGGUACAUUAUGAGUCUCCUACAGUCUUGCUAAAGAGUAUCUUUAUUCUUGAGUUUACUAUCAUUUGGAGCUUCCAGGUCUAAAUCGACUUCAAUUUUUCAUUAAAAUCGAAAAUUUAAAGAUAACUUACUAAGGGUCAACAACUGAACUGUGUAAGUUUGCACGAAUUAUGGGAAUUGGCAUCAGACCCCUAUUCAGUUUUAUUUGAAACCCAGAAAUAUAUGGUUUAUGUUGGUUAAUUUAAAUUAAAUGCAGUGUAAUAGAUAUUGAGUUCCAUGUACCUUUAAUGACACACUAGAACAAGAUCUGUUUAGUGUCGCUCGUGUUGUAGAAAGAAUCAAAAUGAUGGGAGUCCGGUGCAAUGAAAUUGUUUAAAUUAUUGUGUUUUAAUUCGUUAAGCAGUUUCUGUAAUAAAUUAUCUAAUUAAAACUAAAUUGGUUACACCUAUACACAGAUCUUUUCAUUAAAGAAAUAUAUUUGUGCCCCUCGACAA